GGGAGUGAAUCUUAUUUUGCACUUGCAUCUAAACUCUAGUUGAAAAAUAAAAAACCAAAAACAAAAAAAGAGCCCUAAUUAAUUACUCUCUCUUUGUUCCAUAAAUAAUGGCUUUUUUUUUUUUUUUGAGUUGUUCCAUAUAUAAUGACAUAUAGGGCUGUAAAUAAACAGAACUACUCGCGAGCUAUUCCAGAUUCGGCUCGAAAAAAGCUCAUUCGGAGCUUGAUUCGAUAAUAAACAAGCCGAGCUCGAGCCUUAUUUCGAGCUCUAAUUGAAUGCUAAAUAGAGGUUUCCAAGAGAAGAAGAAUCCAGAACCAUGAAGCUUUGAAUUCGUGUUGAAAUCGGAAAUGGUGAGUGCAGCUGUUCGCCACCAUUAACAUCUGAAGCUAGCGAUCAUGAAUCGCUUUGUUAAGCCGUUUUACACCGCAACAAUCGCCAGCUGCCGCAAAUCCACUCAGCGCGGGUUUUCAUUGUUGCAGAAGGGAAACACACAAACAGACUUGGGACAGAAGCAUUUAUGCAGAAGGAAUGCAGUGAUACAGACUCGGAAUUUCUCAUCACCCUAUAAAAGAGUACUAGAUGAGAAAUCACUGGAAGAGGAUGUUGAAAGAAAAAUGGGAUGGCUAUUGAAGCUAUUUUUUGCUGGAACCGCAACUAUAAUCGGCUACCACUUAUUUCCAUACAUGGGAGAAAAUGUGAUGCAGCAGUCUGUUAAACUUUUACAAGUGAAGGAUCCUUUAUUCAAAAGAAUGGGGGCAUCCAGAUUAGCGCGGUUUUCAAUAGAUGAUAAAAGAAGAAUGAAAAUAGUUGAAUUAGGUGGAGCUCAGGGGCUUGUGAAUAUGUUAGCGGGUGCUAAAGAUGACCGCACUCGAAGGCUAGCUUUGAAAGCUCUUGUUGCCAUCUCAAAGUCAGAUGGAGCGGUGGAUGCUAUACAUGAAGCUGGAGCGAUACCUGUGAUCAAGGCCACCCCUGAUUCCAGCGAGUACAAGGAAGUCGGAGAAUACAAGAUGAACUUGCUGGCUAGAUUUGAGGAUCUCAGAUAUGAUACUUCAUCUUGAUAUGUAAUGGAAAGAUUUUGAACUGUUUGUUAUGGUUUAUGAGAUUAAUAAUUUGCUGAUACGUCUGGAGCUCUUGCAGGCCGCUUCAGAUAAGUUUAUAGCAUACAUAAAUAUUGUUGUGAUCAUCACUGGAUAAUUUUGAUUAAUUGAUUGUGUUUGGCGGGAGUAUCUCAUUUUUCAA